GAUGGCGGCGGCCUGAGGGCAGCGAUGGCGGGGCUGGCGCGGCGCCUGCUCUGCAGGGGCUUCUGCGUGCCGGCGGGGCCGCCGAGCACCCGCCAGCUGCGGGAGGCUGAUGAGGCUGCCCCGGUGUUCCAGUACGCGGGGAAGGCGGCCAGGCGCAAGGACCGCGUGUUCGUGUGGGGCUUCAGCUACUCGGGCGCCCUGGGCAUCCCCAGCUUCGUGAAGCCGGACGCGGGCUGGAAGAAGCCGCGGCGCAUCCAGCCCACACCGUACCGCCUGGAGACCGAGGACAAGAUCUCCUCUGCUGCCUGUGGUUAUGGAUUCACACUGCUGGCUUCCAAUACCAGAGACAUCACCAAAGUGUGGGGCAUGGGGCUCAACAAGGAUUCCCAGCUUGGAUUCCAGAGGAGCAGAAGAGAUCAAACUAAGGCCUAUGAAUAUGUCUUGGAACCAUCUCCAAUUCCAUUACCCCUGGAGAAACCACAGCAAACUCGAGUCUUGCAAGUGUCCUGUGGGAGAGCCCAUUCCCUGGUGCUGACAGAUAGUGAAGGAGUUUUCACAAUGGGAAACAAUUCUUACGGACAGUGUGGCCGGAAGGUUGUUGAAGAUGAAAUUUACAGUGGAAGCCAUCUCAUUCAUCAGCUGAAGGAGUUUGACAGCAGAGUUGUCCAGGUUGUGUGUGGGCAGGACCACAGUCUGUUUAGAACCAAGAAAGGUUCAGUCUAUGCAUGUGGAUGGGGAGCUGAUGGACAAACAGGUCUUGGACACUAUAACAUCACCAGUGUUCCUACUAAGCUGCAGGGUGACAUUGCUGGAGUAAACAUUAUCCAGGUCUCCUCCUAUGGGGACUGUUGUCUGGCUGUCUCAGAUGAAGGAGAUGUCUUUGGCUGGGGAAACUCAGAAUACUUGCAGUUGGCUUCUGUGACAGAAACCACACAGGUGAAUGUUCCCAGGCAUUUGCCAUUCAAGAUUGGGAAGGUGAAGGAGGCUGCCUGUGGAGGGACUGGCAACAUUGUGCUAACAGAAGAAGGAAAUGUUUUUGUCUGGGGAUAUGGAAUUCUUGGGAAAGGACCAAACCUAACAGAGACAGCAGAGCCAGAGAUGAUCCCACCCAGCCUUUUUGGCUGCUCAGACUUCAGCCCAGACACCCGUGUUGCUCAUGUUCGCUGUGGGCUCAGCCAGUUUGCAGCCCUUACAAACAGAGGAGAACUCUUUGUGUGGGGGAAGAAUCUAAGAGGGUGCCUGGGAACUGGAAGAAUGGAAGACCAGUAUUUCCCAUGGAGGUACAUGAAUCUCAGCUUUUCAGCAUAAGACCAGCAAAGAAAAGCAGCAUGUGCACUUGCUGGGAAAGCAAAGCAGCCACUGCUCAGCUCCACACCAUGUCCAGUGCAUGAUCCCAAGCUGCUGCCACCACUCCCUGUGCCUGCUGGUGGGACAUCCCCCCUUGUGCAGAGGGCAUGGAGGCAGCUGGUGCAUUCAGGGUCCCCUGUCACCCCUUGUGCCCCCAGGCUUGCAGGAACUGCCACCCACACUGGCCCCACUGAGCCCAUGGCAGGUGCAAGCAGCCUUUCCAUGGCUGCAGCCCAGAGCAGGAGCUGCACCAAAGGCUCCUCCAUGUGCAGGAUUCCCCCACCCUGUCUGUUUACAUCAGAUCUGGUAAUGAAAAGGAAAUAAAUACACUUUUUUUCCUACCCUCCCCAGUGAAAGGCUGUGUGGGGUUUCUGAGAGGUGAGCAGGGAGGAGAGGCUGCAAGAGUUUGGGGUUCCCAGCCCCACUUCAGCCUGUUUGGUGUGUGCCUGAGGCCAAAAGUGCUAUUUCACUUACAGAGCAAAUGAUACAUAAAUAACUUAUUAAAUUAAAAAGUCCUCAAGAUUCAUGGUUCCUCCCCAGGCUGGCCAGCACAGCUGUUCUAAGUGGUCGGGGAUGAGAGACAGACCCUGAUCCAGGCUGGGCAGCUUCUGCACCAGGAGCAUCUCUGCUGUCUUGGCAGCCCUAGAAAUUUGGGUCAGUGUUGUGUAGGUAUCUGGAGGGAAUCUGGGCUCCUUUGGAGUCCUUACAAAGGGGAGAAGGAGAUAAAUGCUCAGACUUGCUGAAGCCACUCAGGCUCUAAUAAAGUGGUGCUGUGCCAGCCCCUUGUAACCAGCCCUGAACUGGAGCAGUGCUGGGGCUGUGACCCUCCCCUGUGUGACCCUGCAGGGCUGGGGGCUUGUGAAGCUGAGCCCAGAGGAACCAAACCAAAAAUGUGCCCCGAGCACUGAGGGGGGAAUGAGGCUCAUCCUCCCUCUGUGCAGCUCCCCCAGAACUCACCCUUGAGGCUGCUCACACAGCAGGAGCCCACCUGGCAGUGCCAGGCUGUGCCAGGCUCACUGCAAGGGGGCUGCGGGUGCUCCCUGGGCCCUGGGGCACCAAGACCCAGAUCCCAGCAGGAGCUGCUGGGUGCUGGGUGCAGGUGAACAUGACAAGCAAAUUGAGGUGAUCACCCACCCUCUAAUUCUAAUGGAAACAAGGGGGGAAUGGGUUAAACAAGGAGUUAACAGUAAGGGAACGAGACAGGCUCUUCCAAGGGCUGGAACAGAGUUUCUGUAGGUUCAUCCUACUGUGAGUUACUGCCUGGCAGCCUCUUCUGCCUGUCCAAGAGCCAUGGAGAGCCAUGGUUGUCCUGGUGCCUGGGUCAGCAGGAGAAGUGUCCCCUCUGUGUCACUGUGCAGGAGGAUGCACUGGCUGAAAACGUGGCUGCUGCUGUGCUAAAAUGAACACCCUGCUCCUCAUGUCCCACACCCUUCGUGUCCCACAAGCCCCAAAGUCAAGCCUGGAGCCCCCACACAGGGGAGGGAUAACAAUGCCUGGCCACAGGAGCAGGGACAGGGGACACAACGCUGCUGGCUGUGACUCCACAGUCCUGGGCUGGCAAGAGGCACCCUGUGCAUUUCCAGGCAUUAACCUGGGCUCCGAUGGCACUUGGAUGCAGUUCUCACACUAUUACCAACAGCCAUUGGAUUGGCAGGAUUAGCUUUAGCAGCAGUGGCUGGAGGAUGAGAGAUGAGGGCAGCCCUGGAUCCAACACAACCAGAAGAAGCCAGAGGAGACUGCCCUGGGAUGCUGAUUUUCUGCCAUGGUGUCAGUUUGCAAUUGGAGAACAAAUACAGACCUGAAGGAAGGAAGCACUGGCACAUGGGUAGGUGGGGUUUGGAGGGGAACAAGGACAUGACUCCUGUUUAAUUCCACGAUACAACUAAAAAAGGGCUGAGGUCAUUGAGCUGAACCAGACAGUUCCUAAAGGUGAAGGAGAAAUGGGCUCCUCCUCCUGCAGAGCUCCCUCCUUCAUACUCUGAACUUCCUGCAUCAGCACCAACUGACUGACACACAAGGCCAGGAAAACAGAGGUUUGCUCCCAGCAAGGAAAUGUUAAAACUCAGGGAUUUCUUCAAGAGCAGCCCUGGUUCAGUAGCCUGUCUGUCUGUCUGUCUGUCCUGCUGCAGGGAACAUGCCAUGCCCCAGGGCUGAGCCCUGCUGGGAAGGGUCCUGCUCUCUGUGCAGGUUGGUCCUGCCUAGAGGCCAUGUCCCACAGUUGUAAGAGCAGCACCAGCUCUUCAGGCAAUUUCAGUGAUCUCAAAAACUCAACCCCAUCCAAGGCUGGCAUUAGAAAUCAUUGCAAGAAACAGCUGCAACAAAGGCUGCAGGUUCUUUUCUCCUUUGCUCUAUAGGAACCCCUGGUUCCCUCCUUCAAUGUCCCACAUUGCAAACACUCCUGCUUUUGCCACUGACCACAAAUCCACAGAGGGGACUGCUGCUUUUCUUUGGCAGAAUGGAAAUUCCCUUCCAGCUGAUGAGAAUGGCUCUGUGCAGGCAGCAGGAUGAGGGAGCUCUGGGUUUACUGGGGCUGUCUCUCCCCUGUGAUCUGGCCCAGAGCAGCAUCCUGCAAGCCUGACCCUGGGGCUGCUUCAGCCUUUAGCUGGAAAUGGGGCUGAAUUCCCCUUUUGGGGCCCAAAGGAGCAAUUAAUGUUCACAGAAGCAACCUGGCAAGUGGGUGCUUCAAGCAGCAUUCCCACAAGGAAUCAGGUACCUGUAAAAUGUUUUUCAAGUAACAAACGGAGUAGGAAUCUUCAAGCUUAUUCCUGUAACUACAGAAAGCUGGUUUAAAUCCUCAGGAUGCUGAAAUAGAAGCAGAAAGCCAGCCAGAGCAGGGGGACUCUGAACUGCAGCCUCCAGUGGCAUCUUCCCACAGGAGCUGUGCAACAGACACUGCCUCUGGCACAGCCACACAAGGAGGGAAGAAGAAACCAGCCCCUGCAAAGUGAAGGGUGAAAGGAGCCCUGGUUUUGGCAUAAUCUUUUAGGGUUGGGAGGACCCUGGUAAAACCACUGGGUCUGCCUAGAGAGGGACAUGGCACCUGGCCAGCUCUCCAUUAGAGGACAGGGCUGGACAGGGGGCAGGACAUGCUCCUGCUCUGCUCUCAAACAUAAAUCAAAAAUCUCAAUCCUGCCUGAUGCCUGAUGUGCAUCUCUAUCCAUGCCUGCUCCAAAAUCCACCCACAGUUCAUUUACAGAUAUUUGCAGAAAGCUAAAAAUGGAUGAAACCAAAACCCCAAGGGAUCCCAGGGCACUGAGCAGCUGUUUUACAACUGUCCUGCCCCACACAGCUGGACAGGGCUGAGCUGGGCUGGCUGUGGCCAUACUGGAGCUGUGCAGGGGAGGAGCUGCCAUCCCUCUGCCACUGCCUUCACCUUGGCCUCAAAACUGGGCACUCCCAGCUGGGAGGAGGUGCCAGGGGCUUGCGUUCCCUCUGCAAACUCAGGGCAUGCAGAAGCAGAGGUCAUGGCUGCAAGAGAAUUAUGGAGCAGGGGGAAGCUGUUCCAUGUAAUUAUUUGUUAAUUCAUUCCAGGCUUUGAACCUGAAAUGACCAGGGCUGUCUAGAGAGACCAAGAAAGGAUCUUGGCUUAUAUAUGUUCCAGAGAGGUGCUGAACCCUAAAAUUCACACCCUAAAAUGAGAAUGUACUUUGACACUUCAUCCAUUUCCCCUCCAUACAACAGGGGCUGUGCAUGGCUCUGUGCUCAGCAGAGCAACUGCAGAGGCUGCUCCUGCUGCAGCCAGGAUGUGCUGAUCAGCACCCAGGGCACGUCUCUCACUGCAGAAUCCCUUUAUUCCCCUCACCUUUGCUAACUGGAGCUGGUAGUUCAACCCAGCUGUGCUUCAUAAGGAUUAAAUAAAGGAGGCCAAGGAAAGCAGAGUAACCCAAGAUUAUUUUCACAGUGAAGUAUUUCCCUUGCAGGGAGCCUGGGAAGGUCCCACAGCCUUGCUGAGGAUGUGCAGACUGUUUCCACACCAGUUCAGUGCUGCCAGGAAGCCUGAGGGAUAUUGCUGG